UGUCAGCAUGUUACAUGUCUGCUUCACGUCCUUCACAAGUGUGCGUCAGUACACAUUUGCCUGAAAAUCUAACUUUCACCCACUCACACUAUUAGCACUUUCUUCCUUUUCUUCCCCAAAGAAAAAAACUAAACGACUCUGUUUCUCAUCUUUACAUCUCUCAUUUCAAAAAAAGAAUCACUUCUUCGAAUCUCCACAUCUACACGAUAAAUAACAGAGCGAGGAAGAGAGAAGAGCCGAGAGAGUAGAGAUGACGCGAAAAUAUUUUCAGAGAGAGGUGUUGCCGGUGACGGCGCUGGUAAUAAUGGAAUGUGCCAACGUGGGCUUAAACACUCUGUUCAAGGCAGCCACUUUACAAGGCAUGGGGUUCCAUGUCUUCAUCGUUUACUCUUAUGGUCUCGCUGCUCUUCUUCUCCUUCCUUCUCUUUUCUUCUCCUACAGAUUGAUGGAUUCUUGUUAAUUUGUCAGAUCAAGAACGCUUCCACCGAUGAAUUUCUCAAUUCUCUACAAAGUCGUGCUUCUUGGGUUAAUUGGAUGCUGCUCAAACAUAAUGGGCUACACAGGCAUUAACUAUAGCUCUCCAACACUUGCUUCUGCAAUCAGCAACCUCACUCCUGCGUUCACCUUCUUGCUGGCCAUCCUUUUCAGGAUGGAGAGUGUAUCUUUCAAGAGAACAAGUAGUGUGGCUAAAAUGUUAGGAACCAUAGUCUCCAUUGGAGGAGCAUUUAUUGUGACUCUUUACAAUGGUCCUGUGGUGAUCAAUAUGUCACCACCGUCCAUUUCUCUGAGAUCGCAAUCUCCAAACCACGAUUGGAUCAUUGGUGCGGGUUUUCUUGCCGUCGAGUAUUUCAUGGUUCCGUUGUGGUACAUUGUUCAGACUCAAAUCAUGAGAGAGUAUCCAUCCGAGUUCACCGUUGUUUGCUAUUAUAGCUUUGGAGUGAGCUUUUGGACCGGGCUGGUCACGUUGUUCACUGAAGGGAGUGACUUGAGUGCAUGGAAGAUAAAACCAAAUAUAGCUUUAGUAUCAAUCGUUUGCUCGGGAUUGUUUGGAUCUUGCAUAAACAAUACAAUCCACACGUGGGCGUUGAGGAUCAAGGGACCUUUAUUCGUUGCAAUGUUCAAGCCUCUGUCCAUUGCCAUUGCCGUCGCAAUGGGCGUGAUAUUCCUCCGGGAUUCUCUUUACAUCGGCAGCUUGAUAGGGGCAACGGUAAUAACCAUCGGGUUUUACACGGUGAUGUGGGGCAAAGCUAAGGAAAUGGCCUUAGUCGAAGAUGACAACAAGGCUAACAACGAGGAUGCUAACGAAGCUGACCUUGAUUCUCCAUCAGGUUCACAGAAGGCUCCUCUCUUGGAAAGUUACAAGAACGAUGAGCAUGUAUAAGUAUCAUCAACCAGUUAAUACAGCUCUCUAUAUUUGUGUUUGUGUAUGAAAAUUUGAUAUGUAAAAGUCUUUUAAUUUAUUUGACGAUACAAAUGUGAUCUUUAAUUUUAGGAAUCAAAUUUCUUCUAAUCACAAUUA